AUGAUUUUCUUCAACAUCGUUGCGCUGCUUGCGCUAGGCGCAAUUGCUUCACCCAUGCCAUUUGCACAGGAGAUCGAGGUGCUGGAACCCCGACAGGAUGCGGGCACGCAGAAUGUUACCGUUGAUCAGUGCUCUUUCUUUUCCGCAGACGGCAUUCUGCCCGAAUGCUGGCAGGUUCUCGAAAUGAACAACCACCUCAACGGCUUGAUUACAUGGCAAUGCGAUUUUGUGGCCCUCAACGCAUGCACCCCGCCUCCCAGCGGCAAGGAUGCAGGCUACGCCUCUUACCAUGACUUCUACGUUAUCUGGAACAUUUAUGCUAUCAACCUGUUCUUCACCAAUUACCACCAGUCUCUCUUGCAAGGACAGGCUGCCGCUAUCGGAUCGGUCGCCGAAAUUGUGAAGACCGUUGCGCCGCCAACAACGAAGCAUCCUAAGACGCCACUCUUUGCUCCGAUCUAUGCUGUCAGUAUCGGACAAUUCGCCGCUUUGGCCCCUCUUCUUGGAAGUUCUGUGGGCGCCAGUAUGAUCUUUGCUUCCCUCCUCGGUGUCCUCGGUGGUGGAGCUGGUUUGUUCAACGUUUUGUUUCCAACAAAGCAGCAGUACGACGUCCCUUGGGAAGGUCUCUCAGACUCCCUUGGAGUUCAUGUCAAUGACUACCAGAAGCAAGUCGGAGAAGCCUUGACGAAGAUCCAAACGGACUUCACCACGUUUUACGCUCUCGUCAACAACGGUGGUUUCAGCCAGCGACUCAACACCAAUGUUCCUGAGAACACCGAUUUCAUGUACCACAGCCUGAAGAAGUGGGUAUUUAACCAGGCGCUGCAACAAGCAGGCUACUUUGCUGUUAAGAACCCUGCCGUCGAUCCUACACAGAUUCCCAUCGGCCCAUACGACUGUUCCAAAUUGGGCGACAAGGGCACUUGCGGUCCUCUUUGGCACGACGGGAAAGACACAUACGGUCUGGCCAAGGCAAACGACAUUGGCAUGGACCGCAUGCAAGAGAUUCUUGAUACCGCAUUUUCCAAGAACUGGACGACCCCGGCUGAGCUCUACAUCGACGCCCAGUCUUGCCGUGGCAAGAAUGGCUCCGAGUCAUUCGAUGUACAGGACAUGACGCUGAGCUGUGUGUCCAAUAUUCCCGUCUGCGAGUUCAACUUUGACUACAACCCCUACGAGACCCUCUGGGCCCGCGUCAACCCGCCAAUGUUCACCAACUGCCCUAACAUGAGAGGCUAUGGAGUUCCUCCCUACUACAGCGAUGACGUCGGAAUCCCGCUGACAUAUGUCGGCCCCUUUUUGAUGGCUAAGGUGGUUUACAACGAGAAGAGCGGUUGA